AUGGGAAGAAGGCGCGUCCUUCUCCCCAACUCCGACGAGGAAGAGGAAGAAUAUCGGGGCCUCGAGACCCUAAUCCCGACCCGUACGACUUCGGCCUACGCUCCUGCCACGAGGUCGCAGCCGCCUCCUCCUGAAGAACCACUCGAAAUCUCCGACGACGACGGCGAGGAUUUCGUCGACGUACCCGACGCCUUCUCACCCCCAUCGCCGCCACCGCUGCCGGAGCCCUCGUGGGAUGGGAUCCAGGGAAAUCACGGUGGGUCUCCCCCUCGAGCACGCGUGGGCGGAGAGAGCAGCAAUGGCCCCGUCGAUGUUCUCCUCCGGACCCUUGGAUUGUGGCUGCGGAGGGAGUGGCUGGAAUCCUGUCUCGCGUGUCUCUCUGGCAGUCAUCUUAGUUUUGAGUUCUUGGAUAACGCUGGGAAGGCAGAGCUUUGUUUUGAACAGUUCCUCUUCUCAGAUAUGAACUUUUCUGGUGGUGGUGUGCUUCCUGAGAAUUUGAGUGGCAUGCACGGGGUUGUAUUGGACGGGCCCUACGUCCUGCAGGUUUAUCUACCACCUUCCUUGUCUCGUGGCUGCUACAUCUCAUCUCAAAACGUUAGGGUGCUUUACAUUAAGUUGACUUGAUUAUGCACUCGUUGCAUGUGGAGAAAAUCCGAAAGGAUUCUAUGAUCGUAGAGUAGCCUCAGUGCUUAGGUCCUAUCGAUAACUAAGGGAAAAAUCUACUAGUCAGAGUACAGAGAUAGACGAGUGAAUGGAGUCAAGGGGGAAGUUCGAGAUUACGGGUGCAUAUACUUCCUCUUCUUCCAUGCAUUACAAACAUUGGUACGUUUAUCUGCUACCUGCAUCCCUAGCGUUAAAAACCUGCUGUGGGCUAGAACUUACCGUACAUUUACAUUAAAGUCAAAGGCAUUGCCUCGUAAUUCUGAGGCUGGCGGCUAUUAAGAUACGUCGGAAGAGUUAAAAAAAAUGUGAACACGUUGGAUCUCCAAGCUUCCUUGGGCUACUGACGGGUAAAUAUACAUGUUGAUAAAUUGCCUUCUUUCGUUCAAUUCUCUUUCCCCCCUUCGGUUUUCCUAUUGCCCACCGAUAGCAAACCAUGUUAACACCCUAGUACAUAGUUGUUGAGACAUCCCCGUAGCAAAUGUUGAUUUUUUUUCUGGCUUUGUUGAGUCUCACACUUCAUACCCAUGCCCAAUGCGUUCACAUGUUCAGACUCGUAGGACUCUUCUUGCAUUUUUUAUUGACAAAAUAUCCAUUGUUCUUGUAAUACUGCCUUUUAGAUGUCUAUCUAUUAAAUACAUCUCUAUUUUGAUGACUGAGACUUUGUUUUUUGUAAAUGUGACACAAACCACAGUUACAGUUUUGAAAUAAAAAGGGUGAAUUCGAGAGUGGUUUACCGUCAAAAAGAUGAUUGGGAAUCAUAUCAAUUUGCUUUGUUCACUUUUCUCCAGGUUGAUGAAAUUGUCAACAUUAGCUUUCCCCUUCGAGAGAGAUAUCAAGAGGCUCAUGCAGGCUUGAAGCGUUGCCUUAAGCUGUCAUUGACUGAUGGUGUUCAGCGUGUGUAUGGCAUGGAGUAUAGGCCAAUCAGCCAAAUCAAAGCUCUUGCUCCUUCUGGGUUAAAGGUUUCUGUAUGGUUUCAGUGUUAUAUUCUGAUAAAACGCCCUAGUGCUAAUUGAUAUAUGUUAUCUUGUGGCUUUCAUGCUGUGAUCAUUGCAGAACCAUCCUUGGGCUUGCAAAUUAUACUGUACCACAUUCAUUAGUUAGUUACCAGUGAUGAAUAUAUCAUAACCUCACGCACUCGUUGGAUAUAGAAAUAUAAUCUUGUUUUUGAGAAAUGAAAUCUAAUAUGCAUAAGAACUUUACCGCUUCAGUCUGAAUGUUUAUUCAUUUUUACAUGAUUGGCUUUGUUUGAUAGAAGAGUCGUUUUGCUAUAGAUCGUACGUUAUCUCUGGGAAAAAGUGAUUUAUGUCCCCUGAUAUCUAUAUUAUGCUACUUUCUUUCUUUCAGUGCCUUGACCUCUUAAUGACAUUUCUUCUAGGGGGAAAAAGUGUUAGAUUUCAACGAAGAGUUUGGAUGGUGAAUAUCAUAAAAUAUAUUCUUAUGGGUGAUCUUCAAGAAUAUAUAUAUAUUUUUAAUAUGUUUAAAUAACUAUAUUCUAAGAACUGAUUGUUUUGUUGGAAACGUGGGAAAUUGCUCGUUAAUUUUAGUUGUUGCCUGGAUUAGGUGUUGAAAGUCUAGUCAGCCGUUGAAAUAAAAGACCACAGUUCCAAUAAUUUAAAUCUGGAUUCUAUUUUGGGAGCAUCUAAGGUAAUUAACAGUACAUGUUUUUAAUAGAACCACAGAGCCAGUUUUUUUGAAAUUGUGCUAGUGUGAUUCAUUCUUUAAUUUUUCUUCUCUUGAUUCCAUUUUCCCUUCAGCAAUAAAGAUGCUUCAGUUAAACCGCUGGUUCACAACUACGACAUAGUGUUGUAUUAUUUUACCUCGAUACAUUUCAUAGGAAGACUGAAAAUGUUAGAUCAAGCAUAAUAGACAAGCCAGCAGAGAAUGGGUGAAAAUUGUAAUUGCGGAAUUGAUGAAUUUUUUUGGGUAUACGCAUGCAUAAAGAAUGAACAUUAUCCUUAGCCUGGUUCUUCUCAUAGAUCACUUUUGAAUCUCAUCAGACUAAUCAUACUAUGAUAAUUUUUGCUGAAAUAGAAAAUAUUUUGAUUUAAGUGAUGAAAACAUUCUAUUGCUUCAAUACUUUAUGGUUUUGAUAUCAAUCAUUCUGCGGUAUUUCUUACUCUUAGUAAUCUGAACAUUUGGCACGUCGUUUAAAGAUAUUCUGUUUUCUGAUACUAUCGUGUCUUUGUCAUUUUAUUUGAGGCACAAGUUUAGUAAUGACGAUUCUCAACUGCUUCUAGAUUGCCAUCUGUAACGUACACAUACGUCAUGGACUUUUGAUGCUUGUCCCUGAAAUUGUUGACGUUUUGGGAGGUAUGGCUGAAGACUUGGAAGCAGCCCGUGAAAGACUCAUUCAUGAAAUAAGUAAACCUCCUAGGGGAAAAAGGUGCAUUUUUUUCCUGUUUUAUUAAUGUAAUUUACGUUAUGCCUUCUGAAUUUUGUUUGGAAAGUUAUUUUGUAUCAUGCUCAUAUACCUAGUUAACUAACAUGGACUAUGGAGUAGCCUAGAGAUGAAUCGCAAUAGGUUUCUUUUGGUUUCAUUCGUUUCUUACACGGUAUUACGAUUCUCAGGUGGAAACACCAGUACUGAGGCCUGCCAUGAUCUACAUUGGCGUUCAGAACAGUCAGGGUCCUGGAUCUGCUGAUAGAGUGCUUUUUCUAUCUAAUUCUAUGAAAAUUGUAAAUUAUUUAAGUUAAAGAUGGAAGACACAAGCCAGAAAUAGGAUGCUCAAUUUGGACUUGAAAACUCUUCAGACCUCAGUGUGUGAUAAGGAGAUUGGCUAUCAUGAAAAUUAUCUUAAAAUUUGGAUUCAGAGUUUGGACUUGCAAACUCUUCAGCCUCAGUGUUUGGAUUCAAUUUCGUCCAACUGAAAUGGUCUAAUAUCUGAUUAUAAGGCCUUCCUAUCUUAAAUGUUAUUGUCAUUUAAGGUAGUGUACUCCUGUUUACAAGCGUGGAGUAAAUUUCAGGCCAACUUGUUCGGUGCUUUUGUUUUGUUCAACAUUUACAACUUCAGGCAACUGAACUGGCCUCGUGAAAGCUUGUUUUAAUAUGCUUUAUGUUUUCUUCUGAAACUUUCCAACCCGAAUGCAGUGACUGGUGCUGACUUUAUUGGCAUAGAUUCGGAGCUAACUAGUGGACGCUUCUUCUUUUUUACUGGGUUGAUAUCAAUUUGGCCCUCUUGAAUCAUGCUACCCAAUGUUUAGCGGAGCUUGUUUCUUACGUCUUAUUAUUGGUUCCUUGGCAUCUUAAAAUUUUACUUAUGCCUAAACUCUUUUUAUUAUAGCCUUUGAUUUUUUUUUUGUUUAUGAUUCCUAAUGCAGGAAGCAAACUACUCUUUCACUAAGUAAAAGGGCUUCUCUUGCUUCUUGGCCAUCUACUGUCAACAGUGGUGUUGAACCAGGAAACCUGCCAAUGCCGGAUGGUGGAUCUGUUCCUCAUAUGAUUCCUCGAGGUACUGUACUCUUUACCAUGUUCUCCCACUUUUUAUUUAUCAUAUCUGACUAGAUUUUUAAACUAGUGUAUAUACUGUCCUCCUAGUCUUACUAUAGUAGAACUUUGAGCUUGUGAACUGAUGAAAAGCAAAUUAGAGGGCAGCCGAAGAUUUCUUUUAAGUGUCAAUGAUCAGUGAUGAUAUAUUUGCUUUCCUUAUUAACUUUCAAUUUUGUCAUUCUCUCUAUCUGCUAAUCUUAGUUUUUUACUUCAUCGUGAUAUGAAACACUCAAUUGAUAGGAAUACAUUGUCUAAUUAUGACACGCUUCUGCCAUUAGUGAUGCUUGUACAUCACCACUUUUAUUAUUCCAGUCUUGUUCAUCCUUCCACACUGCCUUUGCCUCACAUUGGCAUCUGAGGGUACUAAAAUGAAAGUGGAAAACCCAGGAGAACUCCAGUUGACGUAGCUAAGAAAGAUAUAAAAUUAUCAUGACAAGUAUAAAUGUGGUAGAUGAUAAAGCAGUAUGGUUGGAUAUAACCCACAUUUCUAACUCCCAUUACUUGGGAUUUAUCCAUUGAGGAUUUUUAUUUCCGAAUUGUUAGUGACGUUUUAUAACUCUCAACUAGAUCUAUUUAGGUGAUGGGCGUUAUAAGAAUAAAGUUAAUUUAUCAAAACUGAUGGAGUGAAAAAAAUGGUAAUUGCAUUUACAUCCUGGCACAAUUUUUUCGGAAAUAUUUUAACUAAGUUUUAUCUUAUUUUGAAUUUUAUCGUUUGGAUAAUAUUGAGGAUUCUAGAUAUCGUGAUAGGCUGCAGCUCUUUUCGCAGUGACCAAAAUUUCUGUUCAGAGCGGUGCCCUUUACAGAAAAUUUGUCAGCAUCCUCCCCUCGCAAGAAUAAUAUUGCUGGAACUUGUAUUCUCAGAUUUCAUAACGAUUGAUUUAGAGUAUUAAUAUGUUGAUUUUCAGGCUCAUAAAUUACCAAAUUUUCAGGUAGCAUGUUUAAAUUUCGUAUUGCAUAUUUGACUUUUUCAGAUGAUUUAAUCUCUAUGUUCAUCUUUAUGUUUCAUUUAACAGUUGUCUUCAUUUUCUUAUUUCAUUUUUUGUAUCAGCUAAUUUUGCCACAGUAAGGGGUGGCAGUGGUGUGAACCCCACGGAUGGACUUGCUCCCGAUCCCUGUGACAGAGGAACCAAUUCAGAACAGUGUGCUGCUGCGAAUCCCACAACAGUAGAGGUGCUUCAUGUUCCCUUCAUCAGUGGGGAUGUGUUGAACUCUGCUGAUCAACAUACUGGAGUCAGCAUUACGGAGAACCUUUCUGAACAACAGGGCAGACAUAAUGGAGGAAUUAUUGCUCCUCAUACUGGAGACGCUACCGAACAGUUGGCUGCUCUCGAAGCCCCAGGGAGCAUCGCUAAACAAUCUGAUGGUCUGCAACGUAGAGAAUGCUGUGCGGAAGAAAGUUCGGUCGUUUACGUUAGAGCAGAUUCUGAACUAAAUGUACACUCAAAAAGUAAUCUUAGUGUGGGUGACAUUGACAUGGCUGAUGAGGUGGACCACCCACUAAUUUUAAGUGAAGACAAAGAAACUCCAUUCACAUACUUGGCUUGUUUUUUGGCAAAAAGGGCUGCAAAAGAUGAUGGGUUGUCAUUCAUACAGGGAAAAAUUAAGGUAUAUGAUUUUUCUUAGUAAUGUGAAUGCCUUCUUUUCUUGGAGUUGUUCUUCUACUUUAAGUUAUUUCAUUAACCCAGCUUUACUCGCUCCUAUGUUUUGAGCUACUAUAUCUUAUAAAUAAUGUCUGUAGAAGAAGUUUCAAUUUGUUCAAAAUAAAGCUGAAAGAAUUUGCUGAAGUCGUUUCUGUUAAUUUCAUGCAAUGAACCACAAAACCCCCAGUCCCCCCAAUCAGGUGCCUUUCACCUAAUGAUUUUCCAACUUAAUAUUUCACGAGAGAAUACUUGGCAUGUUUACAGAAACUUUUUUAUCAAUAGCUAUCAUGUCUACAGAUUCAGGUUUAUUUGUAGAUCACCAUGCUUUAUUUGGCCCAUUACAUACAUCCCCCCCCCCCCCCCCAAGAUAUUGAAUUAAAAUUCCCGCCCUAAAGAUGUCAUUCGAAAAUGUUGAUAUUUCUCUUCACUAUUACGUCUCUCAUUUUAACCUUAUUCUAUCUGAAUUCAGACCAACAUGGAUGACACUUCUCCUUUAAGGAGGUGAUUUAAUUGAUAAGUCAUUUCACUGUUAAUAAGUGUAGUUGAAGCAUUCCAUAGUUUAUUUUAAACUUGUGCCGCGACACAUUGUCAUAUCAUGCAAAUGUUUCAUUUUGCGAAGGAACUAGUGACACUUUUGUCAUGUUAACUGCCACCAAUGUCAUAAAUGUGGAAGCAUGACUGCUAAUUGGUUCAAUUAUAUCAUAUAUUGAGUGCCAAAAUUUGUCUGAAUUUUUUUUAUCACCAGUUGUUAAAUGAUGCCAAUUUGUCCGAAUACCCAUUUUUGCCAUUCUUAUCUUGAGUUAGAAGGCCUAAAAUAUUAUAUUUGUGCAGUGCUUUUUAACGGGGGUGAAAAGUUUCCAGUUUAAGCACAGGAGCACCUAUGAGCUUCGGGUUUAUGUCGAUGAUGGAAGCCUUAUUUCCGAGGUCCUGAUUGAUCACCGUGUAAGUUCUGAUGUUAUGACGUUACCAUCUUCUCAGUGGAAUUUUUGUUUAGUCGAUCGCUGUUUUCAUUGUUUGUCAUCAAAUGAAAGACAGAUGUGCAAAUGUGUUGUAGGUUGUAGAAAAGGGGAUUGGUCACUCCCCUGAGGCGGUUACAGCUGCUUUCUCUUCAUCGGACAAGGCAACAUCUUCUAAUAUGAGAGAUGCCAUGAAAAGAUUCCAGCUUUUCUUGAUGAAGUUUGAGGUAUUUUCUGAUCUUCGAUGUUUUUUAGAAGAUGAAUUCUUGCUUUAAAUAUGUUGCGUAGCUCAAGACCUUAACCCUGAUGACUUGAGUUUUGUUAUAUUUCCUGUCCCUCUCAAUUCCCUCUCAUGUUUAUGGAUGGGUGUACCAAGUAGUGCUGAUUUCUGGUAAGCAAAGGAUGAUGUCUUGGUUAUCCUUGCAUUUGUUUGUUUAGUCCAUUGCACCUAUUGCUUUUCCUUUCAUAGAAGACUUCCAUACUGGGGAUUACACCUUGGGGAUGUUGCCAUUAUGUUUUCCUUAGAAGCAUUCUUCUCUUGAAUGUACACUCUCUAUGUUAUUAAUUAGGCAACAUAGGUUUAUAAAUUGUACCUUUGAGGGGCAAUCCUUACUAGUUUUGAUUCUUUUUCGUCUUCAUACAAUCUUUGUCUAUAUUGUACAAAGAUUGUCCCUAUUGAUGAUCAGAAUGAGGAAAAGUAUCUUUGAUGUAGUCGAAGCCUAAUGUCCAUCGUCAAAAUCUUCCACAGUGGACACCCAUAUGUCAUUAAGCUUGACAAGUCAACGGUCUCCUCUGAUUCACGCUCAGGUAGAGCCAGCAACCUGUGGAGAUGGCAGUAUUAUCUGUCGUAGCUGGCAUUGGCUGGUAGAAAAGUGAAGGUGGUAGGGAGUGGCAGUACUCUUCCUGCUUGGAUUGGCUGGUAGAAAAGUGAAGGUGGUAGGGAGUGGCAGGGGGCGUCUUGGCGACAUUAAGGGUAUGGCUUCUGUAGAUCAUUGUUUCAUGUGUGAAAUCAUAAAAUUGUUUGAUUUACUUGCCAAAGAUGUGUUUACCAAAUAAAUGACGUCUCCAUUUCUUUAGUUCCUUCGUCUCAUCACACCCGAUUUUGGGAGAUAUUUGGAGGUCUGGUGUCAGCAUUAUUCAAAAGGAUUAAUCUUGCUGGGAGGAUUUAUACUGCGAAAAUAAAAAUAUGCACAGAAAAAGAAGGUUAUUUUUUUUCUGUCUAGUUCCAUGUGGUUCACCUUCCCUUUGCGUGAGUUUAUGUGAAAUUCGGUGCACAUUCAUGCUUAUGAACUAAAAUCGUGGGUAUUGUCGGGUGUGGAAUUUCAUUUGUACACAAGAUCAUGCGUAUGAUCUUGUAUAGUAAUUAGCUGUUCCACCAUCGUCAAUGCCUAGACCGUUCUGAAGCUCUUCUUGGGUUGGCUACCCAUGCCUCUCUUAUUUUUGAAUUGCUGUAAGAUCCCCGUUCUCUGAUGUUCCCUUUGAAAGCCAGUGAAUUGAGGAUUAUCCUCUCCAAUUCAGCAGCUUGUCCUUUUUGAGAUUCAGCAAGCUGUCCGAAAAUUUCGAUGAUGUGGGUUCCCAUCGCGGGGAUGGAAAGCCCAAGCUGGGUAGGCUAUAUAUGAACUUCAUCUAAUGCGCUAAAUUGCCUAAACCAUGCCAAAUAUUUCCCAAUCUAGGUAGUCUGCAACAUCUGCGAUGGAUUCUCAAGUUCGAAAGAUGAUAAUGAGAGGGUGGCUUCUUUAAUUUCCCAAUGGCCCUGGCUUUUAGCAGCCUGUGUUGUUGACUAGUUUUCCCACAGUCCAGCUGGAACUUAACAACUAGUGUUUCUGACUGAAGAAAGCUUUAUAUCACAGGGCACAAUGCUUUUGGAGAUCAGACAAGACCAGACAAUCCCAGUUGCAGUUGAGAUGAACCAGGGUUACCCCACAUCUGACGCCUGGCCUCUUCUUGGACGAUUAAAGGCGUUCACUGCUCCUCUGGUUCCUCUGCGGUGA